UGGUGUGAAGAUGGCGGCGUACAGUCGCUUUCAGCUGCUCCUGCUGCUGUUAUCGUCCCUGAGUCUCUGCGGUUUCAGCUCCGUCCUCGGCUCGAAGGCAGCCAGCGGCCCGGCUGAGCCUCCCAACCCGCCCGGCCUCAGAGCCGCCGACCCCCCGCAAAAGGAUGCUCCUGCCGCCGCUGCUGCUGCCGCCGGGGCCUCUCAGCCUCGAAGGGCGACCGGUUGGAAGCUGUCGGAGGAGGAGGCCUGCCGGGAGGACCUGACCCGCCUCUGCCCCAAACACACCUGGACCAACAACCUGGCCGUGCUGGAGUGUUUGCAGGACCGCAGAGAGGACACUGAGAUUGCUCCUGACUGCAACCAUCUGCUCUGGAAUUAUAAACUAAACCUGACCACGGACCCAAAGUUUGAGUCGGUUGCCACAGAGGUCUGCAAGAGCACCAUCGCUGAGAUAAAGGAGUGUAAUGAAGAAGAAAGAGGGCGGGGCUACCUGGUGUCCUGCUUGGUGGAUCACCGUGGCAACAUCAGUGAGUACCAGUGUAACCAGUACAUCACCAAGAUGACCAGCAUCGUGUUCAGCGACUACCGACUGAUCUGUGGCUUCAUGGACAAAUGUAAAGACGACAUCAACAACCUGCGCUGUGGCAGCAUCAACGUGGGACUGAAGGACGUCCACUCCCAGGGCGAAGUGAUCGCCUGUCUGGAGAAAGCAUUAGUGAGGGAGGCGGAGCAAAAAGAUCAAGUUCAUCCAAUCAAAGAAGAGUGUCAGAGGGCAAUCCUGCGGGUAGCAGAGCUGUCAUCAGAUGACUUUCACCUCGACCGGCACCUUUACUUCUCCUGCCGAGACGACAGGGAGAGAUUCUGUCAGAAUACUCAGGCAGGUGAAGGAAAAGUCUACAAAUGUUUGUUCAAUCACAAGUUUGAAGAAGCGAUGUCAGAAAAGUGCCGUGACGCUCUGACCACCCGUCAGAAGCUGAUCUCUCAGGACUACAGAGUCAGUUACUCUCUAGCUAAAGCCUGUAAGCUGGACCUGAGGAAGCAGCGCUGCAGUCUGGACACCAAUCUGCCGAGGGCCCGCGAGGCCCGACUGUCCUACCUGCUGCUGUGUCUGGAGGCUGCAGUGCACCGAGGCCGUACUGUCAGCGGAGAGUGUCAGGGCGAGAUGUUGGACUACAGGCGGAUGCUGAUGGAGGAUUUCUCUCUCAGUCCAGAGAUCGUGCUGCACUGUCGGACAGAGAUCGAGGCUCACUGCUCCGGUCUGCACCGCAAAGGUCGUACGCUCCACUGCCUGAUGAGGAUCGGGCGAGGAGACCGCAGCACGGCCGUUGACAGCGUCUGCCAGAGCGCUCUGCAGACUUUGAUCCAGUCUGCUGACCCUGGAGCAGACUACCGAAUAGACCGAGCGCUGAAUGAAGCGUGUGAGUCCGUCAUCCAGACUGCCUGCAAACACAUCCGCAACGGAGACCCAAUGAUCCUGUCGUGUCUGAUGGAGCACCUGUACACAGAGAAGAUGGUGGAGGACUGUGAACACAGACUGUUGGAGCUACAGUAUUUCAUAUCCAGAGACUGGAAGCUGGACCCCAUCCUGUAUAAGAAGUGUCAGGGCGACGCAGCUCGACUCUGUCACACUCACGGCUGGAAUGAGACGAGUGAGCUGAUGCCGCCAGGGGCUGUCUUCUCCUGCCUGUACCGCCAUGCCUACCGCACCGAGGAGCAGGGGCGCCGGGUGAAUCCAGAUGAACAGUUAUCUCGGGACUGUAAAGUGGAAGUUCAGAGGAUUCUUCACCAGAGGGCACUAGAUGUAAAGUUGGACCCUGAGCUGCAAAAACGCUGCAUGACAGACCUCGGCAAGUGGUGCAGCGAAAAGACUGACACUGGACAGGAGCUGGAGUGUCUGCAGGAUCAUUUGGAGGAUUUGGUUUCCACCUGCAGGGACGUCGUGGGUAACCUGACAGAGCUGGAGUCAGAGGACAUCCAGAUUGAUGCUCUGCUCAUCAGAGCCUGUGAACCCGUCAUACAAGCUCACUGUCACGAUGUUGCUGAUAACCAGAUUGAUACUGGUGAUCUGAUGGAGUGUUUGGUUCAGAAUAAACACCAGAAGGAGAUGAACGACAAGUGUGCAGUCGGUGUUACACAUUUCCAGCUGAUCCAAAUGAAGGAUUUCAGAUUCUCCUACAAGUUCAAGAUGGCAUGUAAGGAGGAUGUUCUGCGUUUGUGUCCAAACAUCAAGAAAAAGGUGGACGUUGUGAUCUGCCUGAGCACUACGGUGAGAAACGACACGCUGCAGGAGGCCAAAGAGCAGCGAGUCUCGCUGAAAUGUCGUAAACAGCUGAGAGUGGAGGAGCUGGAGAUGUCAGAAGAUAUUCGUCUGGAACCAGAGCUCUACGAUCCGUGUAAGUCCGACAUCAGUCGUCUGUGUCCUAACGUGGCUUUUGGAAAUGCUCAGAUGAUUGAGUGUCUGAAGGAGCAGAAGAAGCAGCUGAGCCAGCGCUGCCAUCAGAGGAUCUUCAGGCUGCAGGAAGUGGAGAUGACCGACCCAGAGCUGGACUAUCAGCUGAUGAGGGUCUGCAAGCAGAUGAUCAAGCGUUUCUGUACCGAAGCAGACGCCAGAAACGUCCUUCAGUGUCUGAAACAGAACAAGAACAGCGAGCUGAUGGAUCCCAAAUGUAAACAGAUGAUCACCAAGAGACAGAUCACUCAGAACACAGACUACAGGUUGAACCCGGUGUUGAGAAAAGCAUGUCGAGCCGACAUCCCAAAGUUCUGCCAGUCAAUCCUGAACAAGGCGAGCGAGGACAGUGAGCUGGAGGGUCAGGUCAUCGCCUGCCUCAAACUCAAAUAUGCAGACCAGAGGUUGUCUCCUGACUGUGAAGACCAGAUCAGAGUGAUCCUGCAGGAAUCAGCCCUUGACUAUAGACUGGAUCCACAGCUGCAGAGACACUGCACAGAGGAGAUCUCCCGCUUGUGUGCAGAGGAAGCAGCAGCUCAGGAGCAGACUGGUCAGGUGGAGGAGUGUCUGAAAGUCAACUUACUUAAAAUCAAGCAGGAGGCCUGUAAAAAGGAGGUCUUGAACAUGCUGAAGGAGAGUAAGGCGGACAUCUUUGUGGACCCGGUCCUCCACACAGCCUGUGCUCUCGACCUCAAACACCACUGUGCCGCUAUCACACCAGGCAGAGGACGACAGAUGUCGUGUCUGAUGGAGGCGUUACAGGACAAAAGAGUCCGUCUGCAGCCCGAGUGUAAGAAAAGACUUCAGGACCGCAUUGACAUGUGGAGCUACGCUGCAAAGGUGGCGCCAGCAGAGGGCUUCUCAGACCUCGCCGUUCAGGUGAUGACAUCGCCCUCUAAGAACUACAUCCUCCUCAUGAUUGCUCUGAGUGUGUGCAUCCUCUUCCUGGUCGGGCUGCUGUGCGGUCGGAUCACAAAGAGAGUGACGAGAGAGUUAAAGGACCGGUAGAGGGCGGGUCCUCCACACAGACUGACUCCUCCCACCUUCCUCUCCGCCUCCUCCUCCUCUCAGACACCCCGUCUGGAACCAGCCAACCUGCACAGUGCCAAUGCCAACGCCCACAUCUGGAACUCUUGUGUUGAUUGGCUGCUGCUGAAUAAUUGCAUCGAAUGCAAACGCCCCUCGACUCUUGAUACUCAAACCUCUGAAGGAGCUCUAACUUUCUGAUUUGAGUCUUUAUUCCUCCACCAUCUUUUCCCCAGAAUGUCUGCUUUUGCCAACGAUUGUUUUGGCCGGAUGCGAGGUUGUCCGGCUUCUUUUAGGUUUCUAAAUGAGCGCUGUUGAUGAUGUGACUGAGGGCUGCUGCUUCUAAAGGUUAGGACUGCUUCCCCCUUGUUGAUCCUGAUGCUUUUUGUGAUAUUUAACAAAGACUGGAGCAUGAAGAGCAGCUUUUAAAGUGACUGUGGCUGCCUGAAUCGCACAAGGAGCAACAAUGAUGAAAAUGUUUGAACUCUGUGGUGUUGCUUAUGAUUUCUUACAUCUCUCAUCAAUCAUAAAGUCCCGUCGUCUUCACUCCUGUACAGGAUUUGCACCCGAAUCGCCAAGAAUGGAUCUCUACAUCCAGUUCAACUCCUAAAUGCUUGGAUUGUUCAGAUCUUUUUGAUUUUUUCACUGUGUCCUGUGUCAAUCCAUAUUCUCUGUUGCCUUUAAUGAACCGACAUUACAAACAUGUAACAUAACACAGACGCUUCUUUUUUUUACAGAACAACUGUGAAUCCAGUUUGAUUUUGUGGCAUUAUUUUAAACAUGGCUAUAGCAUUUAAACUUUACACUCAUCUUAAAAACACCGUGUUAUCUCUGCAUAGGGAGUCUGAUUUUAUUUAUUAAUGAUGGCAUCCAAGAGCUCAAAACAUACGACUUAAUCUGCACUCGCCUGCUAAAUCCUUGAAAUGCUUUGCCUUUAGUCAAAAUUUUUUACUCUGAUCUGAUUUUUUUAUGCUUGUUUUAUUUUAAAGCUUCAUGUGCGCUCAGAAAUCCUUGGAUACAAACUGCAGAUAAACCUCACACAUGAGGAAAAAAACUUUCUGAAUAGCUUAAAAUAAAUUUUUCCAAAUAAGAAUUGAAUUUUCAGGCAAAAAUCAAGUGGCUAAUUAGCCUAGCUUAGCAUAAGGACUGGAAGCAGUGGGAAACCGGUAGCAUCCAUAAAAAAAUACAGUAAAGUGCAUUCCUUAAGUAUUCAAACUUCUUUUCUUUUUUUAUAGUGCAGCCUGAUGCUACAGUUGAAAAAUCAUUUUAUUCUCAUUUAUCUAAACUCAGUACCCCAUCAUGACAAAGUAAAAGCAGAAUUUUAGAUUUUUUUUGCAAAAUAUUUAAAAAGAAAAACCUGAAAUAUGACCUCACAGUUGAUAAUGCAUGUCAGAACAAAAACAAGCCAUGAGGUCAAAGGAACUGCCUGAAAGCUAUGAGACAGGCACAGGCACAGAUCUGCCCUGUGGGUUCCCCAAAAACAGUGGCCUCCAUAACUCUCAAAUGAAAGAAGUGUGACUCCUUUAAGAGCUGGUCACCUGGCCAAACUGAGCGGUGGGGGAGAAGGGUCUUGUCAAGAGAGGUGACCAAGAACCUGAUGGUCACUCUGACUGACCUCAUGGCUUGGUUUUUGCUCUGAUGUGUGCCUUUCCAAAUCCUGUCCAAUCAUUUUAAUUUACCACAGGUGGACUCCAACCAAGGCCAAGCUCUAGAGAAAUGAGAGUAACCUGACCUAAAUUUAAAGUGUUUUUGCAAAGUGAUUGAAUACUUAUGUCAGUGUGAUAAUCUAUUCAUUCAUUUUUAGCUGAUUUGCAAAAAAUAUAUAUAAAUUCUGUUUUCACACUGCCCUGGUGGGGCACUGAUUGUAGAUUAAUGAGAAUUAAAAUGAUUUUUUAACUGUAGUAUCAGAGUGCAACAUAAAAAAAUUGGAAAAGUGAAGGGGGGGUCUGAAUAUUUUCUGAAGGUACUGUAUAAACUCACUGUUCACCCUUUCAAGCACCUAGCAGAUUUUUCUGCAGCCUCCAAAACACCAAAAAGCAAUUAACCGAAAAAUUAGAGAAGCUAACAUGAUUGGAAUAUUCUAUGAUUUUAAACUAUGAAUAAUUAUUUACUGUGAAUAAGUCUGGUUUAUUUCUACUGAGUCUAAAGCGGCUAAAAUCUGAUUGUUUUAUUUUUGUGUUUUAUCCAUUACCUGUAUGUUUCUUUUCCCAUGAAGGAAAAAUCUGCUAAAUAUUAUAAGAUCAAUUAAAUACCAAAACAUUUCUGAUUUAUUCAGAUACAAAAAUAGAUUUUCAUCUAUUUAUUGUGGAGAGAAAGAAGGAAAAUUACUGCAGAUUUUUCUUACCUAUGGGCCUUGAAAGCCUCAGUGUUUCAAUGUAAAAUGAUUUGUUGCUUUUAUUUAAACUGAAGAUGGAAAAAUUGUUUUUAUUUAUUUUUUAAUUAAUUUUUUAACAAUAAAUUAAAAUUUAAUUUUGCACUUUAACUUGGUGUAUGUCUAAUCUGCACUGAUGUCUUUGCAAAUGAUUGGACACUGAGCUUCAUUCAUGUCAUUUAUUUGCUGCUUUUGGUUUUACAUUUCUGUUUGUUGAUGAUUUAAAGUCACAGUUAAGAGUUUGCAGCGUGCACAAAAGAUUUCUGAUUAAUGAAGCUGAAGUUCAGACACUUUAAAGGAUUUAAGACAGAAAAAGAAACAUCUACUCAAAAGCUGAGUCGACACACCGUCAGAUAGAAAUCAACAUCCUGCUGUGACUUUUCUAAAUGUUCUCUGAUGGAUGUGUCGAAUCAGAGCGAUGAAACCGAGGUAAACACAGCAUCAUGACCAGUUUUAUACGUCAGUCUCUGCGUGUACAAACGUUAUCAGUGUGCGGUUUGGUUUUUCAGAUCAUGCCAUAUAAUACGAAGACGUAACAGAUUUAUCAUCGUGAACUUUGAUUUUGCUGUACAGAUAAAAUUUGUCAAUUUAAUAAAAAUGUC